AUGGCGAUAUUAAGCUUCCGUAACAUUGCGCACUACGAUAAAAUGAUCGAUACGCAUAUUAUUGAUUCACUGUAUAAUGUAUAUGUCACCACAUCGUUAUUGCAGAUAAAAAGUAUUGGUCCGAAGUUGGUACCGUUUUUUAAGAGUGUAUCGGUAUAUUUUGUAUUACUUGCUGAACAGCCAUCUCUACUGACGGCAUGUUUUAAAUGUUUGCCGAUAAUAAGUCUCAUUAUUUUUGUCCUAUUACAUGGAAUCAAUUUGUCUAAAGAAUAUGCCUUUUCCAGGCGUAUAUUAACGGGAUUAGUGUUCAGUUGCAUAGGUGACGCACUAUUAGUGUGGCCUAAUUGUUUUACUGCAGGAAUGUGUAUGUUUGCUAUUGCGCAAAUUAUGUAUAUAUUUGCAUUUGGAUUCAAGCCGCUCAAUUUAACACUUGGAACGGUAUUAUACAUGUCUUGUUCAAUUGUUAUAUAUGCUUUGAUGCCUGGAUUGAACGGAAUUUUAGCAAUAGGAGUGCCAAUUUAUACAGUAUUACUUACCACUAUGGCAUGGAGAGCCAUAUCAAGAGUACAAUUUUUUGGGGAAUUGUGGACAUGGACUAAAUUGUGCAGUUGCAUUGGUAGUAUCUGUUUUGUUAUAUCUGAUACUUUACUCGGAUUCCAUUAUUUCCAUAGUCCAUUACCUUAUUCUCAGAUAUCUAUUAUGUUGACAUACUAUGCAGCACAAUUAGGCAUAGCAUUGAGCGCAGUAGAUUCGAAAAACAACAGUAAUAUUAGAGUACCUACCAAUAAAAGCUGAAAUAUUUAUUCUUAAUGUUACUUAUUUGGAUAAACUCAUUGGAGAUAUAAGAGAUACAAGACAUUUGUAGAUACAAAACAGAUACAAGAGAAAUCUUUUACACGUUUUAUUUAAACUAUGUGCAUAAUUCCAGUAGAAAAGGAUUGUGAUAAUCGUUCUUGAUAUACUGAAUACUUUAAAGCUAUAUUAUUGAAUAAGAAGACUCAACAGAGUUUCAGUGAUAGAGUAUUGUACCUUUGACUGUAGAAAUAGACUUCUAUUUCUUUUUAUAUUAUUAAUGCAAUGCAAAAAAGUGUCCUAUAGAGAUUUCAUACUGACAUUUGUGGUUUCCUAUUUUUGUAUGUAUAAGAUUUUUUUGUAUGUAUAAGAAAAGAUUAAAAUAUAUUACUGUUAAAGAUAAAUAUAAUAAAAAGAUAUUAGAACUUUUAGUAUAAUAUUACUCUAGCGAAGACUUUGUUUUCUAUUAAACUAAGACAAUUAUUUUAUAGUGUUGUAAUGUAAAGACCGAUCUUUUUGAAAGGAAUUUAAAAAGAAAAUAUUUGUUAUAAUUAUUUCUCAUUCACAUAUAAAUAUAUAUAUAAUCAAAUAUAAAAAAUAUUAUAUAUGAAAUUGAUCAUUCUUUACAUAUAUUUAACCUAAAAUGCAAUAGCCUAUCUGCGAUAUUCGUAAAUGGCAAAAUAUUAAUAUUAGUCUUGUAAAGAAAAUUAUUAUUGUAUAAAUAUCUACCAUGUAUAAGUUAUAAUAUCAAUAAUCUAUAUUUGUAAUCAUUCUUCAAUGUAAAUUAUCAUCUUACUGUGAAUAAGUUGUAAUACAGAUAUAAAUUGUACUAUAGAGAU